CCACAUGUUAACUACAUUAUAAUAUCCAAAAUUAUUUACACCACUAAUAAGUAAAAUCUUUUUUUCCCUAUCAUUCCCUCCACAAGCUCUACAUUAUAAUAUCAAAAAUAUCCAAAUUAUUUACACCACUUAAGUAAAAUCUUUUUUUUCCCUAUCAUUGCCUCCACAUUUCUUGGGUCAAACAUAUCUAAAUCCUACUAGAAGAAAAAUUUGUUUGGUUUGUAUUGCUUUGCGUUUCAAGCUAAAACGCUACCGUAUUGGAUAUCCCAUCUCAUCAUUUCGGUUUAUUCCAUUAAACGACACCGUUCCACAUAUUCCCUAGCAAACGACACGUAACUGAACCAAUAGAAAUGCAGCAAACAAAACACGUGGCAUAACAAAACUGCCACGUCACGUAAACUGCUCUCCUUAUUACUUGUAUAACACAACCUUUUCUCCUCCUUCACACAAUUAAAUUUUUUUAAAAAAAAAACUUCUCCACAAGUAAAGUCCAAUACAAACUCCAAAAAAAAAUAAAAAAAAUCAAAGCAAAUAUGUUGAGAAUCCUAGGAAAAGAUCUCAAAAUUUCAAAAUCAGCUACAAUGGUUACCAGAUCUGAAGCAAAGAUGGACGGCCAUGAUUUGUUUGAAGAUUUGUCUUCAUGGGAAUUUGUUAACCCUUCUGAUGAUGAACAUGAAGACAGCUACUCUUUUACUGAUCACACUGAUGAUGAUGAUGAUGAAUUGAUGGUAAAAGAAGAUGACGCAUGUGAAAUUGGGUCACCAUCUUCGGAUAUUUCUAUGAAAUCGGAACCGCAAUCUCCGUUGCCUAUUAGAACAAUUGGUGCAUUGGUUGUUUGCAAUGUAGGAUUUGAUUAUCAUGAUGAUGAUCAGGAGGAAGAGGAAGACGAGGACGAAGAAGAUUAUGACGAUGAUUUGGAUGAUGAAUUGGUGCCAAAUUGGUUAAGUGAUAAAUUUGAGAGACAAAGGAUAAGGAAAUUGGGGAAAAGGGCAAGUUCAAGGAUGAACAAAUCGAAAAAGGGGCCUUAUAUUUUCAAUAGGCCAGGAUGUGUUCGUGGCAAACAUGGAUUUGGUAUGCAGCACAGUUAAGUUUAAAGUAAAUAACAAUUUGCAUGUUCGAGUUCAACAUGGAUGGUGAACAAAAAAUAAUGGGAAGUUUUAGGUUGAUUUAUUUAACUGUGGAAUCAUUGUUGAUGUAUUUAAGACUGGUGGAAUUAGGUUGUUAUCUAAUAUGCAACUCUUUUUAUGUUUGCUGUUUAAGCUUAGGUUGUCUACUUGGAUUUGGAUGUAAAUAACUGAAUUGAUCUAAUGCAAUUUGAAUUUGAAUUUCAA